CGCCACUCCAAAAUCAGCUCUAAACCAGACUAGUGCAUCGCAUCUCCGCCGGAGCGUAAGGAAGUCGUCAACUUUCAGGUCAAUUUUCAGGUCAUUUACUAGAUAAUACGGCACCCACCCCGUUUCAGCGUCUAAUCGUGACCAGCGUCCUCGUCGCAAGUCAUCUUGGCGCUCGUCAGUUGCGAACAGCAUCUCGAGGUGUUAUUGUUUGUCAGGCCCAUUCUUGGCGGACGGUGGGCGAACCGCGCUCGGUGACUGGAGCGACCUGUGGAGCACGGCGCUCUAGCACUGGAGCGACUUCUGGAGGAUGGCGUUCUGAAAGCUAUAAAAAGGCGCCAGGAAACGGAGUCAGCACCUACCAACAACCAACAUGCGUCUCGACCUCAUCUUCAGCACCCUCGCCUUCAGCGCCACCGCGUUCGCGCUACCCACCGAGACAAAGGGCUCGGCACUUGCCUUCGAGGCGCUCGGCGCCAUCGGCCUGCAGGAUAUCAGUCCGCGCAGUGACCUUACGAGGCGCGACGACACCGGCCGUUGCCGGUGGGGCCGGCGCCCCGAGAGCCUCGGCUUGCCCCACGAGUCCAACGGGUGUGGCAGCAAGUCGACGCACUGGGUGCCGGAGAUGUGGUACGGCAGCUGCUGUGAUGCGCACGACGCGUGCUACGCCGACUGUGGGCAGAGCAAGCGGGCGUGCGACGACGCGUUCAUUGUCUGCAUGCAGCGGAACUGUCACGACCAGGUCGGCGGGCUCGGCCAUGGCGAGGAGUUGCAGAACUGCAUCGGCGCAUCGGCCAUUUACUGGGCCUCGGUCAGGCUUCUGGGAGGGCGUGCUUUCUCCGAUGCCACGGACAAGUACUGCCGAUGUGUGUAAGCCUGUGUGUGUAGAUACGACUGUGAAUCUGAAUACGUAAAUU